GCUUGCGCGUCUUGGUGCCACCCGGAACUUCAGCGCCGGACUGCCUGAGUGGCUCUUCCAGCUCCACGUCGACAGGUACACCGAGAAGAUUACGAAGUACUGCAAGGUGACGGGCAUUGACUCACCAGAGCAGCUCUCGCAGAAAGCCAAAGAUGUGGCCGCCGCAGCAGAACCACAUAACGUGACCGCGGCGGCGCAGUUGGCCGGCAUCCUUGGUGCCUGGGAAGGUAAAGACAGGGGACGGAAUUAG